CCAAAAUAAAAUUAUUAUGUGCUGUGAUCUCAUAUUUGUUAAUCCUUCAUUGGAGACCAUGUGACAGUGAUAAGGUUGUCGUCGUUGGUUAGAAGUUUUGAUGUCCGUUUGUACAAGACAAAAUCAGUAGAGAAGGAAGGGGAGGGCGGUCGAUCUAUCUAUCGGAAUGGAUUGGGUCGCCGGUUACGGCGUCGCCUGAGUAUCCAUAGCCGUUCAGUGGAUCCUACGUAUUAUACUUUAUACUUUACUUUAUAUCCAUGGCCAUAUUCUCCAUCGCCGCCCUCGCUUCCAAAUAUUUUGUCUUCACACCGUCUAUUCCGGCCAUCCACUCUUUAAAAGCCAGCAGCUACCCUUUUCCCUCAACCAUAACUCGCAAUACCACCACCAUCAGUGCAACCAUGUCUGCCAAUCCUCUCUACCCUCGACCUCACCCUUCUCUCGAGGUCAGCGGCGGAGCUCUGGAUUCAUUCCUUCCGGCUUUCACCACUCUCGACCGCCCAUACGAUCCCUAUCCCCUCGUUUGUUCCAACACCCACCUCGAAACUGUAUUUGCCCAUUUUUUCCGAUCAAAACCAGAUGUCAGGUAUCGACGUGAAUGUCUCAGGACCAAAGACAACGGUGCCGUCGCCCUUGAUUGGGUCGCCGGCGACGAUCGCAACUUAUCCCCAAAUUCUCCUACCCUCAUUUUAUUGCCGGGGUUGACCGGAGGGAGUGGAGAUGGAUACGUAAGACAUAUGCUGGUGAGAGCAAGAAAGAAGGGGUGGCGCGUGGUAGUUUUCAACAGCCGUGGUUGUGGUCAUAGCCCUGUUACCACUCCUCAGUUCUAUUCGGCGUCAUUUUUGGGAGAUAUGAAUGAAGUAGUAGCUCAUGUCUCCUCUCGAUUCCCAGAAGCAAAUUUAUAUGCUGCUGGUUGGUCUCUUGGCGCCAACAUUCUUGUUAAUUACAUGGGUCAGGAAUCUGGUAGCUGUCCCCUUUCUGGUGGUGUGUCCUUGUGUAAUCCUUUUGAUUUGGUCAUUGCAGACGAGGACUUCCAAAAGGGAUUUAACAAAGUUUAUGACAAAUCUCUUUCUUCUUCUCUUCAGAAAAUCUUCAAAAGGCAUGCUCUUCUAUUUGAAGAAUUGGAGGGCGAUUAUAAUAUCCCAGCAGCUGCAAGUUGUAGGUCGAUUAGGGAAUUUGAUGAAUCUUUGACACGUGUCUCUUUCGGUUUUAAGUCGGUCCAUGACUACUACUCAAAAUCAGGCAGCUCAGGGUCUAUAAAGGAUGUUGCCAAGCCUUUACUUUGCAUCCAGGCUGAAAAUGACCCCAUUGCCCCUGCUAGAGGAAUCCCACGUCAAGCUAUCAAAGAGAAUUCAAAAUGUAUGCUGAUAGUUACACCUCAAGGUGGGCACUUAGGGUGGAUUGGAGGUGAUGAAGCUCCCUUUGGAGCUCCAUGGACUGAUCCUAUUGUCAUGGAUUUUCUUCAAUAUUUAGAAAGAACAAAAUCAACAUCUGUUCAUUUAUCCAAAUCAAACGAAAAUUCCCACACAGUAGAAGCAACUGUAAAGUGAAAGAAGCAAUUUUUGUCAAGCAAAUACAUACAUACAUUCUUGACUAGGAUUUUUG